UAUAAUCAUCCUUUUGAAGAUGAUUUACUUAUUUCCAUGGAAACUCUCACUUACAAUACGCCUGAUGGACCAAAACAAUGGAGGGAAGUGUCAGCCAAGAAGCUUAAAAAAUGGAAGAAGGAACAUAAUAGAGGAAGUCAAAGGAAUGCAGAUGAAGAAAGUGAUGCUGACAUAGUUUCAGUAAGAAGACAAUUUGAAGACAUUCACUUCCAGAAUCUGUAUGUAGAUGAUGGGAAAAUUCAAGAGAAAGUAAAAGUUCAAGUGGAUGUGAUAGUACAAGAUUAUGCUAGAAAAAUUCCAAAGUGGAUUACGAUAGCACCUCAAGGUUCAUCAGAAGACCUUCAUUUAGCUUCGCCAGUGCAAGAACUGAUUGGCAACCAAGCUGCUGUUUGCAGAAAGAAAGUAGAGUUGUCAAAUGAAUGUUCUUCAUCCAGACCUCUACAGUUACAAAUUUCACCAAAUACAACAACCAUACCCAGGCAUCGACUUUCUCCACAACCAAAUCAAACUUACUAUGAUAGUAUCUUGGAAGAAUACCAGUCUGCAGAUGAGGAAUGCUCCUGGAACAAUAUAACUCUUGCAGACUUGUAUCCAGUGAUGGUAGAGAUGCUUACAAGGCUCAUGACAAAGCAGUAUCAGAGAAAAGAGUUAAAAUACAUAUUUAGAUACUUAAGGCACAAAAGAUGGCGUUCCAGAAGACCAAAGUUCAACGUCACUGUAGACAAAAUAAGAGGGUUUAGGCCUCCUAAACUGAAGCAAGCACUACUCAGCGUAUGCGGCAGCAGAAGUGAAGACAUCCAGAAUCAAACUUUUGGAAAUGAGAACAGAGAACUUUGUGAUGAUAAAUGUUCCACUGAUAAUUUAUCUGGUCUGGCACCUUAUUCUUACAUUGAUGCAAAUGAAAUCGAAAUGGACUACUCUGACUCAAGUUUCAAACAUCAUUUAUUAUCUGGAAAAGGCCAAAAAGUCUCCAAACAGACUAUUUUUCCUAGUGUUAUGGCUAGAAUGGGAGAGACAUUUCUAGUUGAAGAUGGGUUACAGACCACUGUCUCACCGAAAAAUUCAAAAUGCAAAGAAAGUGAAAAACUGGCUUACAAAUGUUCCUCAGAGUAUGGUUUUAUAAUGUCUGCUGCCAGUUCAGGGUCAACAGCACUUCAUCUGUUAAAAGAGAGUAAAACUCAAACUGACUUUCCUGGUGGUGAUACCUCAGAGUUGUGUUCAUCUACUUGUAGUUCCUACAGCAAUAGUAACACUUUUACACUGGUCGCAAACUCUUCUCUUGCAAGAUCAUCAAAUGCUUUGCUCAUAAAUCCUGAAAAAAAUUCCGAAAGACGAAUUUCUUUGCAGCGCAAACACUCGUUUUCCUCAUUGUAUAUGAAGCAGAGUCCUUCAAAGAUGCCCCAGAAAUACGAAGAUGCAUUUGAAAAACUCUACUACAAACUGUGUUCCAAAGAAAUCCAAAAGCCUUUGACAUUGACAAGACCUCUUUCAAAUUCACAGAACCUUGAAGAGAAAGGGAGAUUAGUGAAGAGUAAUUUAAGUGAUUCUGAGAGGUCUGAUAUACAGUAUGAUAGAGAAUUUGACAGGAUCAUGAGCAGUUGUGUAGUGAGGCUGUUCCAAAACUUCCUGGGUUUCAGAGAGCUUCAAAUCUAA